AUUUCCAGGAGACUCUCGCAAAUUCCAGGACACGCUCGCAACUUCCAUCUGAAGGCGCCAGGCACAGGAACACAUCGCCGUCUUACUCAUCAGCUGGCCGGUGCUGACGUGGCCUCCUAGGGUGAAGCAGUAUAAGAGCUCGUUCCUUCCCAGCUCCAAAAGAACAUCUUCAAAGUAAAACACACCUCAACAACCACUACUACAAACAUGGUCUCUACUACUGCCUCCCAACAACCCGAGUUCCUUGUUCAAGACCUCGUCGGCAACUUCUUCCAGCAUCUCGCUGCUGCUCAGCAACAUCCAAGCUGUCCAGCAAAAGCUCAGCAAGGCCAGGCUCAGGCUCAGACCAAGGCAGUCGUCUCCACACCAGACGUGGAUCUCUACGAAACAAGCGAUGCUAUCCUCAUUGACGUGGCACUCCCCGGAGUCUCAAAGGAGUCGAUAGCGAUAGAGUACGACACCAAAACGCACCGCAUCACCAUCAGUGCCACGGCAGCACCACAUCGCCAUAUCCAAGACGAAGCGGUCAAGGCUGUGAAGUUGGAGCGUGGACGUGGUACAUUUGAACGGAUUGUGGGGCUCAAUAAGCAGGUGAUUCUGGCGCAAGAAAUUGCAGCGAGAUAUGAGGAUGGUGUUCUUCAGAUCACUGUGCCAAAGGAUCCUAAGGCUGAGCUGAAGCACAAGAUUACUGUUGCUUGAUCUUGGACAUGCUUUGGGUUUGUAGGUGUACUAGUAAUGGAGACAUUUUCGAGUGACAUUGCCUAGACCUUCUGAUUGACUGUCUGACUGUCACGGGUCUGACGUGGUACCCGUAGCAGUCCGGUGAUGAGUCAGUGGUGACACGCUGCUCAAUAGGGUAUUAGGGUUUGACUUCGAGAUAGAAGGGUGGUUUUGUGGACACCCCGAUUGGACGAGUGACAGAUACACUGUCAAUGUCUGUCAUGCACAGCCCGGAGUGGCCGUGGGUUUGUACUUUGUAGCUUUAGGGCAGACGAGGCAAGGUCCGCAAAGAUCCUGUGUUUCGGUGUCAAGCAGCUCAAGCUCCGGGGAUG